AUGUCAGGUAAAGACCAUUUCCUUGUAACCGGUCGGAUUUCACGAGAUUUCCGGCGAAACUCCGACGAUAACUCAGGAUGGGGAACCAAUCUAAUGCUUUUACCAGAGUCACAAAACCUCUCUUUCCUCACCAUUGAACGUAAUCCAACGAGCCACAACGAGUUUGCAAUUCCUUAUCCGACCUACUUUCACCCAAGUUCAGCCUCCGAGAUCACCCAUUGGCAAGACAAGAUCAAGCUCACUAACCGGACUAACCUCUUCUCAUUCGCCGGAGCUCAAAGACCAAGCAGAACCCAGAACGGUUUGGUUCGGACUCAAGUUAUACAACAAUGCAAGACUUCAUCUAAAACAUGUAGGUUUCUUGACUGUGACGUUAAAGCCAAUGGCUGCGAUGAUCCGAUCAGUUUGAUGAAACUUUUCGAGAGCUCGGUUUUCUGUUUACAACCGCCUGGUGAUUCGUUAACCAGAAGAUCAAUAUUUGAUUCGAUCUUGGCUGGUUGUAUUCCGGUUUUCUUCAACCAGGGAAGCGCGUACAAGCAAUAUGAAUGGCAUUUACCAAAGAACAAUAGUGAGUAUUCGGUUUAUAUACCGGUUAAGGAGCUGAGAACCGGGGGAAAGAACAAAAUCGAAGAGGUUUUGCGUGGAAUACCGAAUGAGAGAGUGAUAGGUAUGAGAGAAAACGUAAUAAGAUUGAUUCCGAAGAUUGUGUACACUAAACCAAACCGGAACAAACCGGGUGAUGAGAUUCUUGAAGAUGCAUUUGAUGUUGCUGUGAAGGGAGUGGUAAAGAGAAUAGAAGGAAUAAGGAGAAACAAAUACAAGACUGAGGAACAAAUUGUAUAUAAUUAG